CACAAACGCUGUCUUGCUUGCAUUUCAUUGGAUUCAAUUAUAAUUCAGUAAAUCGUGAGAAAAUGAGAUAAAAAGUCUUAUUUCAUUAUUUUUUAUGUGAUAACAUUAGAUUUUGAUACAAUAAUGAGCAACCAAGGUCGUACUGUAGCUAAAAGGAAGGUGAAGCCGGUGGAGCCGCAAUCUCUUCUCGACUUUGAUCUUGGAGAGGGAGAAAGCUCUGAUGAUUCUGACUUUAGAAUAGAAGACCACCCGGAAGACAGUGAUGACUACUCCAUAAAUAGUGAUGAUGACGAUAAAAAGGACAAUGCGGAUUCAUCUGAUGAUCAGUCAGGAACAGACACAGAAGAUGGUUUCAAAAACUCAGCAAAUAAGAUUGGAGAAGAUAUAUCGGUUACAGAUCUACUUGAAAAAGCGAAGCAACAGGAAUUUAAGAUUCCAUUUGAUCUAGCCAACUUGCUGAUCUGUGCAGGUUGUUUAGGAUCAAGAAGUGAUGAUUUCAAUGAAAUAGUAGAGUGUGAUGGAUGUGGUGUUACUGUUCACGAAGGUUGUUAUGGUGUUUCUGAUGUAACCAGUGAAUCUAGCACAGUCAGCUCUGCUUCAACAGAGCCAUGGUUCUGUGAGGCUUGUAAAGCAGGAGUGAAAGACCCCAAUUGUGAACUCUGUCCUAACAAAGGUGGUAUAUUCAAAGAGACAGAAGUUGGUGCUUGGGUACAUCUAGUGUGUGCACUUUAUGUACCUGGAGUUGCAUUCUCAGAGGUUGAACGCUUAUCUGGAGUCACUCUAUUUGAAAUGGCAUACUCGAGAUGGGGUGCCAGAUCGUGUGCAUUGUGUGACGAUACGACUCUUGCACGCACUGGUGUUUGUGUUGGUUGUGAUGCAGGCUUGUGCAAGACAUUCUUUCAUGUCACAUGUGGACAACGCGAGGGUCUAUUAGCAGAAGCUCAUACUGAGGAAGCCGAACAAGCAGACCCAUUUUAUGCACAUUGUCGCCUACAUUCUGAUAAAGCAUUAGUGAAGAAACGUAAAAGGAACUGGCUAGCUUUACAACUGAGAACUGAAAAAAGAAAGUUGGAAUUGGAAAACAACUUAAGCACGGAAGAAAAGCUUCGAAUACAAAGGAAACUUGUCAAAUAUAGGAGGAAAUAUCUUCAACAAAAAGAAAACCGUAAUCCGCCAUGGGUGCCAACCCAGAAGAUGGCUCGAAUGUUGUACAGCAGUGCUUCCGCUAUGCGCAAGUUUCAGCGUAAAGCUGAGUGUAUGGGGAUUGACACGCAUGCCUUGGAGUUUCAAGAUGCUCAGAUGGCAGCACUCAAAGAUGUGUCUCGCCGUUGGCACGUGCCGCCAGCGUUUUCGGUGGAAUUCGUCGGCUAUUAUCUCGAGAGGAACUCUCGCGUCACUUCAUUACGAAAGUCACUUGAACGGCUAACUAAAGAAAACGAGAAGCUGCUCGCUGAAGAUGAAGAUUUAAGAACCAAGUACGAUGAGGCAUCAAAAGAGAACACGGAUGCCCUAGCGGAGUUGUCCUCCACCCGUCAAGCGUUACAGAAGAUAUACGACGUGAUCGUAGCCCUUCUUCCCAAAAAGGCGAUCCCGGAGAUCAUGGAAGAUAAACCGCUGAUGCCUCCCGUCAUACAACGCUCUAUGCCGAAAGUUACACCACAGCAGUUGCAAAAGCGGUCAAUGUCUGUGCCAACCGCGGCAGCACUUAAGAUGGGCGUUGGUUUUCCUCUUAGCGACAAUCCGGACGCCCGCCAAGGAAAAGUAUUGUCUACUUCAUUAGAAGCAACAACUGGUGCCUUAGCGGCCCGCGAAUGCGCCGUAUGCGGUAGAAGCAGCGAGCGUCAUCUGAUGGCUGCUUGCGACACUUGCAGACACCACUACCAUCUGCAUUGCUUGAAACCGCCGCUACAACGACCGCCUAAGAAGAGUAAACUCUAUGGCUGGCAAUGUUCCGAAUGCGAUAAAACAUCAGAUUCCGAACCGGAACUGUUAGAGAAGAAGGUGCCUCGUAGAUCGCGUAUCCGUUACAGUAAGGAUGGCGCUAUCAUCAACGAGCCACAAAGCCCCGGUUCCGUUCCCAGUUCGCCACCGCCGAAACCGAAAUCGGAAAAACCUCACAAGGAUAAAUCCAUGAAACUCGUAACAACAGAAAACUUAUCCCCGAUCAAAGUGACCAUCAAGCCUUUCGAAUUCAGCAGCGAGAACGAAAGUAGCGAGAUCAAAAAGAAAGACAAGAAAAUCAAGAAGCAGAAACAGAAAGAGCACGCUAGUAGUUCCGCGGGCGAGAACGAAUCGCCAUCCAAGAAACUGAAACGCAGCUUCACUUCUCCGACACUUACGAACACUCCCCUGAUGUCUAUUACGCCAAUCGUGGCCGACAGUCCUAACGACUCUCACAACGAAAACUCCAAUGCUUCAACCAACUUACCACCUCUGAAGCGAGACGAGACCGUACAGAAUCUAUCGUUCUCGUCUCUUCUAACCGAAACGAAAGAGAGAGACAGCAAAGCGAUCGAGAGUUCAAUUGAGAGCACACUCGCGAAUCUCUCGUCCGAUAUCGCUACGUACAAAGCGAAUAGGAAGAGAAGGAAGGAGAAACACAGGUCGAGAUACUCGCCGGAGCUGCUGCGGUCUCCCUCUAAAUCUCACAAACACAAACGAAAGAAGAAUCGCCAAGAUAUGGAAAACCCAGAUAUGCCUCAUCCAAGAAUCACAAUCAAGAUCAAACCAAUUCCAAAGCCUGAUGGUUCUUUAGACACUCAAAUGUUUUACGUACCAACUAACAGCAACGAUGGCCCUCCACCAGCAAUUAUAAAGAAAAUUGCGAAGCACUCGGAACAUGAAGCACCCAAAGAAACUCCCCCCUUAGAACUGAUCAAUCCUGUCGUGGCAAUUGAAACUACACCUCUCAGUGUGAGUACUUUUUUAUUGCUAUUUAUUUCUUUAGCAAACAAUACUUAUUAAAAAUACAUCACUUAUUUUGUUCCUAUUUAUUCACAUAUAACAUUAAAUUGGAAUUACAGUACAUAACUUUUAUAAUUAUUAGUUAAAUACAAUAUUCGCAAAUUGAUUACAAUAUUGAGCAAAGCGUCAUCUAUUUUUUUCUUUUAUUUCCUCAUAGUAAAAGAAUCUGAAAAAUUUACGAAGUUAAGAUGGAAUGUUUGAAAAAUAAAUUUGUUAAUGCUAUGCCCUCUUUCUAUCUUGAGAGAGAAAGAGAGAGAGAGAGAAAUAACACGAUUGAUGAUGUCAAACAGCAUAGAUUUAUUUGUUGGUCAGCUAUUUAACUACUUAUUAUAUAACUACCUAUUUAACUUCUACUACUCUCCUACUGCAAAGUUUUUCAUAGCUUGAAAAACAUGCUUUAUCUUUAUGUAUAAAAUAUCACUCAAAUAGAUAACAAAUUCUUGCAAGCCACCUGUAAACCCGGAUGAGAAACAACCAGCACCUACUAUCACGAAACCUACGGUAAGAUCAGCUUUUGUAAAUAAAAAAAAAACUUGCUUAUUUUAUUCAUGAACAGGAGAAAACAAAGUACAAAUGGCGUCCGUGUUUAUCCGCAAUUUUCACAAAUAAACAUGCGAAACAAUGACAUGUGCGCUAUAAAACAAAAACCAAUAUGGGUUGACGGCAUUUGCAAAUGUUAUGGAAAUCGUGUUUGCACCAUGACGGGAAUGCAAAUAGAUGCUGCAUUUUAUAACGAGAUAUUCGCUAUCGGUGCGAGUUUUGUCUUUUCACGUGGGCUUUAUCGUAGCUAUGUUUUUUUUUGUUUCAAACAUGAGCUGAUCCAAUGUUAUAGUUGCAAUAUUACAGAGAAUUAGUUUACAAAGGGGUUUGUGCUUAAAAAUACAAUGGGGAUUUUGCGAAGAGACGCGCAUGAUAAACUCGCUACGUUAAUCGGCUUAUGUACCGCGCGGAAAAAAACUAGCUUUUAACCGCAUUAAAGUUUCGCAGUUUCUUUUGAUUUUGAAUUAACAUUUGUGAGUGCAUUGUCUUUGGUUUUUCUAUAAUAAUAAUAAUUUCAAUCAAAAAAGGGAAGAUUUAUCAAUAUGUUAGGUUUGGGAAAAAGUUUCGUCGCAUUUUAAAUGAAAUUUCAAAACUAUUUUGAAUAAAGGUAUAUUUACAUUUAACUAAAGUAUGUAGGUGCCAUUUUAUUCGAUAUUUUUUGCCAUCUUGUAGGUAGGGACAUGAUCCCAUUGCUAUAGACAUUUUGGGGUUUCUGAUCUAAAAACCGCCACAAUUUUGGCAGUCCCCUCAUGAUGCUAACCUGACACUGCCUAAAAAAAAUCUGAAGACCGAAACAGGUGGAAAUCUGAAGGUCAGGUCUAUACGGCGGAGGCAUUAAGACCUCCCAGUCAAACUCUUAAUUUUUGCUGAGUGGCUAAAUAUGUGUGGGGUCUAGCGUUAUCAUGAUGAAAAACCACACCCUUUCUGUUGAUUAAUUCCGGCCGCUUUCUCCCAACUUUCUCAUUGAUAGAGUAGAGUAGAGUUCAGAAUCGAUGGUCUAAUAUUAUAAAGAGGAAAGAUUUGAUUGUUUGUUUGUAUUGAAAAGGGUCCGAAACUAGUGGACCGAUCCGAAAAAAUCUUUCACAUAUAGAAUCCUUCAUUAUCCGUGUUAAACAUAGGCUAUAGAGUAUAUUCAAAAAAGUUAGGGUUCCGUAUGAAAACUUCGAUAAUGUAACUCAACGUGUAUAAAAUGCAUGCAUACAAUGUGGAAGUCAUUGACCAUAGAGCAAAAUGAUGUACUGAAGUUUUAUAGAGGUCAUCAAUAUCUACAAAAAAAUCCGCCAUGUCUAACUAUCACAGAUAUGCCACUACUAGAGGUUCCCUGCGGUUUCAGCCGCGUUAAUUUGAAGAAAAAGUAUAUAGUGAGUCAAACUUAAAAUAUGGACAUAUGCUGUCGCGGACUUUUUUACAGAACUUUUAAAGGGGAACAAUUCCGUUAUUUUUGUGUAAAUUUAACCGGUUAUCCAGCGCACGCAACGGAAUCCCACAAAUGGAAUAUUUUUACCCGCUUAAGCAACAUUUUUCAUCGAUGCUCCGAUGCUACUAGUCGUAGC